CCGGUUCUGUCCUGCUGUCGCUCGGGGGUGGGCGAAAACUCCCCCUGAAUGAUGGGUGAGACGUUCUCCCAGUCGGGCUCUCGGGAGGAGGAGAAAAAGUCAAUCCUGCCCCCCAGCCUGGCAUUUGGCAGCAAGGCUGCCUGCUACUCCAGCACCCGAAGCAGCAAGUCUUUUUGUUCCCGCGUGCCUUGUGAUGGGGCUGCCAGUGCCAGCUUUGUGACUUGUCCCACCUGCCAGGGCAGCGGGGAGAUCCCGCAAGAGCUAGAGAAGCAGCUAGUGGCCCUCAUCCCCUAUGGGGACCAGAGGCUGAAGCCCAGGCGCACGAAGCUCUUCGUGUUCCUGGCAGUGUUCAUCUGCCUUGUGACCUCCUCCCUCAUCGUCUUUUUCCUGUUUCCCCGGUCCAUCGCUGUGCAGCCCGCGGGCCUCAACUCCUCCACGGUGGCCUUUGACGAGGCUGACAUCCACCUCAACAUAACGAAUAUCUUAAACAUCUCCAAUAGCAAUUACUACCCCAUCACUGUGACCCAGCUGACCAUCGAGGUUCUGCACCUGUCCCUCGUGGUGGGGCAGGUCACCAACAGCCUCCUCUUUCACAUCGGCCCUUUGGCCAGCGAACAGAUGUUUUAUGCAGUGGCCAACAAAAUCUGGGAUGAAAAUACCUACAAAAUCUGUUCCUGGAUGAAAAUCAAAGUCCACCAUGUGCUUUUGCACAUCCAGGGCACCCUGACCUGUUCCUGCCUGAGCCAUUCAGAGCAGCUAGUCUUCCAGAGCUAUGAAUACGUGGACUGCCGGGGAAACACAUCGGUGCCCCACUUGCUGGUCCCUCACCCGCCGUGACCUGUCUGCUGUUCCCGAACCCCAGGCCCCCGCCAGGUUGGGCUCUGUCUCCCUGAGCCCAAGGAAGGACUACAGUGACUUUGCCAAAGGAAAAGCACUGCUUUAUUCUACCUCCUCCCCACCACACACACACCCUCAGCACAGGAAGCCCUAUGUGAAAGUUAACUUUACACACACACAUGCACGCAC